AUGGCCACUGCUAUGCAUGACGACGGAUACCAUUCGAUGCCCCCUACUGGAGGUGAGGGCUGUCGCCCUCCCGGCGACUACCUUGAGACAGGUCGCGCUGCCGACCCCAACUCGUCCGUCGAGGACUACAGCCGAGUCAUGCUCGAAUACACCCAACGCCGCAUGGCGGAUUUUGCCGACCUCGAUGACGGAAAGGGGUCCAGCCGAAGCAGCCGCAGCAGCCAAACCAGCGGCAACAGCGGCAACUCGACCAGCGGUAUGCUUGCCCGUCAAGCUGCCGGCACGACUGGAGCGGCUCACGAUAGCUCCGAAUCUGCCAGACGCGCGUCCGGCGUGAACUCGGCCGACCUGUCCUUCUGA